CUUACUGAAGUCCAGUAACGUUGACCGACACAUCACGAGCGCGGUGUGGAAGCCACGAGGGAACGCUUGUGGAUUCUACCUGUAGCAAACAACAUUUCUUGUUUCAAUGCAUUUCUUUCAGGUAUAUAGUAAUGUGGAGACCCCUGUCGUGGAUUCUUUCGAUAGCCAGUUUGCACCAGGCCAGUUCCCACAACUCCACAGACUCUCCUCUUGCGACCACAGAUUUGGACCCUCGUAACCGAAAUCGAUACUGCCAGUGGCCUUGUAAGUGCCCUAAGAAUGCCCCUGUUUGCCCACACGGGGUCAGCCUGUUGACCGAUGGAUGUGACUGCUGCAAGGCCUGUGCCAAGCAGGUGGGGGAGACCUGUAAUGAGAGAGAUACCUGUGACUAUCAUAAAGGACUUUACUGUGACUACAGUGCGGACAAGCCGAGGUACGAAAAGGGAGUGUGUGCAUAUGUUAUGGGAACAGGCUGUGAGUAUAACGGUGUUAUUUACCGUAAUGGCCAAAGCUUCCAACCCAAUUGUAAGUACCGCUGUCUGUGUGUGAAUGGGGCGAUUGGAUGUGUGUCACUUUGCACGAAGUCCCUGCCUCCCCGGGUCUGGUGUCAGUCCCCCAAGCGAGUGAAGAUCCCAGGCCAGUGUUGUGAGAAAUGGAUCUGCGAAGAGCCCCGUAAACCACGUAAGACCAACCCCAGACAUGCUCAUGAGGAUGGUGAGCCAUGCGGUGUGUCUCUCAUCACUAAUGAUAUUUGGCCUAAAAAUUGCAUUACCCAGACUACCCCGUGGAGUCCCUGCUCAAAGACCUGUGGGCGGGGCAUAUCACAGCGCAUCUCUAAUGACAACCCUGGCUGUGUGAUGGAGAAAGUGUCUCGACUGUGUAACCUCCGACCCUGUGAGGUGGACAUCACCAAGCACUUUAGACCAGGUAAAAAAUGCCUGAACAUCUACCGUGAACCAGAGUUUCAGAACUUCACCAUCUCAGGCUGCAUCAGUAAGAAGGCGUAUUGGCCCAAAUACUGUGGAGUCUGUAGCGAUGAGCGCUGCUGCAUCCCAUACAAGUCUAAGACCAUCGAGGUGGAGUUUGAGUGUCCAGAUGGUUCAGUUUUUUCUUGGAAAUACAUGUGGAUCAAUGCCUGCUUCUGCAACCUCUCCUGCAGGAAUCCAAAUGAUAUAUUUGCAGAUCUGGAGCAAUACUAUGAGCUCAAUGAGAUUGUUAACUAACUAAUUCACCACAAUC